AUGUCCGCGUUCAAGAGAUUGGUUCGCUUUAACUACCGCACACAGGUCCAUUAUGGUGAUCUUAUCAAUGUGGUUGGAACCCAAUACACAGUUAGGAGGUUGGAAGGGAGUCUUUCUACCAGCCUCAAGAAAACAGGAGAUAUUCUAACUGUUGGCUCGCUCGAAUGUCCAAUCGAAAGCACGCCCAUCGUGCAAUGUAUCGGGGUAAAUUACAAACAACACGCAACAGAAGCAAACUUACCAAUCCCCAAAUACCCAGUAGUCUUCACCAAGCCAGCAGAUUCGCUCGCCGGGCCGUUUGAGACGAUCGAAAUCCACCCGGACGCGCGCGAUCAACUCGACUUCGAGGGUGAAUUAGUCGUUGUCAUGGGGAAAGAUGCGAAAAACGUCGAGGAAUCUGAAGCACUGGACUAUGUCCUGGGAUAUACAGCGGGGAAUGACCUUUCCGCGCGAAAAUUCCAGUUGCCAGAGGCCAGCGGUGGCCAGUUUUGCUUUGCCAAGUCGAUGGACAAAUUCGCACCAGUCGGUCAUGCUAUCGUCGCAGCGCACGAGGUCGUCGACCCCCAAGCGCUCAAAUUGAUUACCAGGGUAAAUGGUGUGGUGAAGCAGGAAACUAGUACUGGGGACAUGAUCUGGACUGUUCGGCAGAUCAUAAGUCAUCUGUCGCGUGGGACGACUCUCCGCAGGGGCACCAUCAUCAUGACUGGAACCCCAGCUGGUGUGGGCUUCUUUCGAAAGGAGUUUCUCAGGCAUUCUGACGUCGUCGAAGUGGAGAUUGAAGGACUCGCUGCAACUAAGAACCGUAUAGCACACUACUAA